AGGGCAACCCUGCGCAUGCGCGACAUUAAUGUUGUUGUUUGUGGCGGUAAGAUGGCGGCGCUCGGAGACACCUCAGCUCCGGGGGUGAACGGGUUAAUACAACAAUUCACUGCAAUAACAGGGGCGACAGAGAGCGUUGGACAGCAUAUGUUAGAAGCAUGCAACAACAACCUGGAGAUGGCAGUGACCAUGUUUUUGGAUGGAGGAGUGGUGGCAGAGGAACCCAGCACCAGUUCUGGAUCUGCAGCAUCAAGCAGCAGAAUCCCACCUUCAGACGAAGUACGAGCACCCAUUCCCCAAAAGCAGGACAUACUUGUGGAACCCGAGCCGCUCUUUGGAGUGCCAAAGCGAAGGAGACCGGCCCGCUCUAUAUUUGACGGCUUCAGAGACUUUCAAACAGAAACCAUCCGCCAGGAACAGGAGCUGCGUAACGGUGGAACAGUGGAUAAGAAACUGAGCACCUUGGCAGACCUUUUUCGACCUCCCAUUGAGCUGAUGCACAAAGGCAGCUUUGAGACGGCAAAAGAUUGUGGUCAACUGGAAAACAAGUGGCUGAUGAUCAACAUUCAGAACGUACAAGACUUUGCUUGCCAGUGCCUAAACAGAGAUGUUUGGAGCAACGAUGCUGUAAAGAACAUCAUUAGAGAUCACUUUAUAUUCUGGCAGGUCUAUCAUGACAGUGAAGAGGGACAGCGAUACAUUCAGUUUUAUAAACUCAACAAGUUUCCGUAUAUUUCCAUCCUCGAUCCACGCACAGGUCAGAAAAUGGUGGAGUGGAACCAGCUGGACGUGGCAUCCUUCUUGGAGCAGGCCACUGGCUUCCUGGCAGAGCACGGGCAGCUCGAUGGCCCAUCCUGCCAGGCACCGCCCGCCAAACGGGCUCGCUCUGAGAGCCUGAUCGACGCCAGCGAAGACAGCCAGCUGGAGGCCGCCAUCCGAGCCUCCCUACAGGAAACCCACUACGAGUCCUCACAUGUUCCCGAGGUCCCUGAUUCCCCUAGGUCGGAUGAAGAUUCGGACGCCGAACCCUUCUCUGACAGCGAGGGGCCUAUUUCCGUCGACUGCUCGGACAGCGAAAUGCCAGAACCGCAGAAAGAGAAAAGUUCCACCAGCAGACAGAUGCCCUCUGCCCCUGCGGCUGCCCCGCUCCGUCUUCAUCCCGAUAGCACGUCUUCUUGCCACAGAAAGUCUCCGUUUAAAGAAAACAACCAUAGUCACAAAAAAGAGGAUAGCAAAAAGAACCAUCUGGAGCCCUUGCUCGCUGGGUCUCGUCACCCCUACACUGAUGCAGGUUCUGGGGGAAACUCAUGUGCAGCCGAUUCAGCGAAGACCUAUGGCGCAGAAUGUCCGGAUGACAAUGGUCCAAAGGCCAGGUUGAUGCUCCGAUACCCAGAUGGACAAAGAGAGCAAAUAGCGUUGUCUUCUCAAGCAAAACUUAUGGCCCUGGUAAGACAUGUCCAAUCCAAGGGUUACCCGAACGAGCGCUUCGAACUUGUAACUAACUUCCCCAGGAGGAAACUCACCCACCUGGACUAUGACAUCACGCUGCAGGAGGCUGGGCUAUGUCCACAGGAGACUGUAUUUGUGCAGGAGAGGAACUAGCUCUGGUGGACACACUUUCUUUUACCAAGGAUCCGGGGCGCAUUUGGCUGACGUUAGGAGGGUUCGGGCCCUGGUUAGUGGAAGCCAUGAUCGGACUCCCGUUCCUUCAUCACACAGCUCCUGAGUAUUGGCAUCUUUACUGACAUCCCUUUUGGCCAGUAUGCUCUUAUGGAUGCCAUCAAAUGUUAAAUUUCAUCAUAUGUCCUCUUCUGGAUUUGAGGGCCACAGAAUAGAAUGACCAUACUCUAGUGCUCUUUUUAUUUCAUUCAUUUUGGAUCCAAACUCUCUCUCUCCCGCUCACAUUUGAACCAUCUGGAACACAAUAAUUGUAUGUGUCAGAUACGUGGGACAAUUCCAGGGAGUGUUUGCAUCGAUCACCUUUUUACUCGACUUUCUAUUGGUCCAUUACAAACUAAUGGAUUGUUUUUGGAAACCCUUUUGAUACAGAAGGCUGGUGCAUCACUUAUCAGUUGGACCUUUGCUGUACAGAGAUGGCUUUGAAAGACACUCAUGUUAGGCAUCGUUUGCUUUCUUUCAUUUUUUUUUAUAUGCUGCCAAGAAAACGUGCCGAUGAUGAAAUAUAACCACAAUGGGAGCGUC